AUGAUCCUGUGGCUUAAAGGAGUCAUCUUCAACGUCACCACUGUCGACCUCAAACGGCCAGCCGACCUGCAGGACCUGGCUCCAGGAACCAACCCUCCCUUUGUGACCUUUAACGGUGAGGUGAAGGUUGACGUGAACAUGAUAGAAGAGUUCCUGGAGGAGAAACUGACCCCACCACGCUAUCCCAGACUGGCUCCCAAACAUCGUGAAGCCAACACAGCCGGCAUCGAUGUGUUCGCCAAGUUCUCAGCUUACAUUAAAAACCCAAGAAAAGACACCAACGACGCCUUAGAGAAAGCCUUGCUGAAGUCUCUUCGGCGUCUCGAUGACUUCCUGAGGACCCCCCUCCCCGAGGAGAUCGAUGCUUACGCCUCAGGUGACCUGCCUGAGUCGUCCAGGAGCUUCUUGGAUGGAUCUCAGCUCACUCUGGCCGACUGCAACCUCCUGCCUAAACUACACAUCCUUAAGGUCGUAGCCAAGAAGUACCGUGGCUUUGAGAUCCCGGCAGAGAUGACGGGGUUGUGGAGGUAUUUAAACUGCGCCUAUCAGAGGGAGGAGUUCACCAACACAUGCCCUGCUGAGAGGGAGAUUGAAUUUGCCUACCUGGAUGUUGCGAAACGAAUCAAAUAAGAGCAAGAGUGGGAGAAGCAUGGGGACAACUAGAUUAGAUACAAAGAGUAGGUCUUUCAACAAAUAGCUAAAAGAGAAAAGAUGGAAAGAAAGUAGAAAUAAGGAAGAGUAGUACACAUAGAAAUACAACAGGUGUUUUGGUGAAGCCUAAUUAAUUGACAUGAAGAUGAAGAAAGAGGAGGAGUGAGUAGAACAAAAAAAGAUGGCUGAGGCACUCACUAAAACACCCUAACCUGAAACUCUAUUAACUCUUUAUAAAGUUUGACAUCUCUGCAUUGGCAGGUGGCAAGCUACCUAUGUGUGUGUGUGUGUGUGUGUGUGUGUGUGUGUGUGUGUGUGUGCUCUCACAGGUUGGGUUGCACAGCGGUCUACUGUAUCUCUAUGCUAAUCAUUCUACAAGUAAUCUAUAAAGUAGAGAUUUGCUUGCAGAAUUAAUACCUGAUUUCUUUUUAUUCACUUUUCAGAUGAUGGCAGGGCCAGGUUCACUGCAGAAACAGAAUAAAAAGCAGUAUUCAGUAUUCAGUAUUCAGUAUUAAAGUAUUAGAAACCACAAAUCAACUUUUAGCAAACCAGUCCCAAUCAGAGUUUGAUUAAUACUUGUCUUUAGCAUAAACGUUCACUUAAAUCUACUAUUUACACUGUUUUUAAAUCAUAGUCAAUUACAACAAUUUAAUAAUAUGCAUCUAACAUAUCUAUAGGAGCUGAAUCACAGAAAGCAUUAUAUUAUCUUAUGAGUCCUAUGGCCAUGACCAAUGAGUAUCUGGUUUCCCUUUUUAAUACGUCAGGGUAAAAAAAAAAGAAGCAUCCCCAGUACUGGCUCAAUGAUGUUCCAGCCUUAUCUUAGUGCACAAGUUCAGUGACUGCAAUAACCAGAAAAAUAAUACACAUACCAUAUUAAGCCAGUUAUUAAUUAAGCAGUGUGUAAUCAUCUGAUUCCAUUUUCUCUGCUAAAUAUAUUAGUCUUAAUGAUGAAUCAGUGAUCAAGAUGAAAAGUUAAAGUGUUUUUUACUCAUGUUGUCAUUAUCCUUGGACAGUGUGUCUUCUGUAUCUAAUGUUACUGACUGCCCGACUGUGGACAGGCCUUGGUGCUGGAUGGUGUUGAUGAAGUUUUGAUUAAUAAAUUUUGUAGUUCACGCAGAGACCACUGUAACACUCUAUCACUUUUAAGUCACCUUUUUGGAGAGAAAAAUGGCUCAGUACUUGGUGUGUUUUAAUUAAUUUGGCCAUCAGUCCCCACAUGCAAAAUUAUGUGUGCAACUUUAAUGAGAGGACAGAAAUAUCCAAUUGUUUCUUACUUCUCUUGAAUGCAGCAUUAUUUCACUAAUGUCCCAUUAUGGUUUAGUAUGUUUUUGACACCAAAUUACCACUUUGACACAGAGACAGUCUGCCAUUAACCAGCCCUGACACCACAUGUUGUGUUCUGGCCUUACAUCCUCUCUGUGGGGAUAAUCUUUAUUAAACUGUGUGAUUGUCUUCAGUGUUU